AUGUUCCCAUCUGGCUACUUUUACAUUAUCUCACGCAAGCACGGCUAUGCGCUUGACGUGUUCAAUGGCGAAACCAAGGCUGACGUCAACAUUAUCGUGUGGCCACAAAAGUUUCAAGACUCUGACAACCAGUUAUGGUCUUUUGAUGAUGGACGCCUUGUGAACAAAAAGUCAGGACACGUCAUCGAUAUUAGAACGAGUGCUUUCAAGAGGGACAAGGUUAUCAUCCAGAACAAGCGAAAGGAAAAGCAUCAUACUCAAGAGUGGACAUUCGAGAAUGGCUUUAUUUGCUCAAAGGUUUAUCCCACUAUGGUAUUCGACAUCAAGGGAGAUAGCGAGGAAGGUGGAGCACAAGUGCUGCUGUACAAUCGUAAAGAAACCGACAACUUGAAUCAAUUGUGGUUCCUUGAACCCUAUCAGCAAUUUGAAGCAUCCCUCAACAUUGCAGCUGACGAUGGCCCUCUUCACAAGAAAUCAGACUUUGGCCAACCUCGACCUGGCUAUGGUGCAGAAGUUGGUGUGCCACCUGUACUCGAGUCAUUACCUUCCAACAUCAAUGUUGCAGGUGCCAGCAGUGGUAGCAAUCAAGCAGCACCAGCUCAACAACCACCUUCUCAAAACGCUACUGAGCAACAACAACAACAGCAACAGCAAGCAUAUCCACCCCCUCCAUCAUCCUCAUCUUAUCCUAAUCAACCACCACCGCCACCACCAUCUACUGACAGCUAUCCUCAACAAAGUGGCUAUCCUCCUGCAGGUGGUCCUUAUGGUACUGGUUAUCCACCUUCAAGUCCUGAAGGCCAACAACAAUCACCAACAGGUUAUCCACCCCAGCAACAACAAGGAAGCUAUCCACCACCACCACAUCCUGCAGGUGGUUUUUACAUUCCUCAACAACAACAAGAAGGUGGCUACCCGCCCCAAUAUCCACCUCAGUAUCCUCCCCAGUAUCCACCUCAAUAA